GGCACCCAGGGUGCGUACACACACACACACACACACACACACACGCACACCCUGCCACACGCCUGCACUGCACCCACCGCACCCACAUCAGGCCCAUGGCGGAGGCUGCGGGAGACCUGGGAUCUGAGGAGCGGGAGGAGCUGCUGCCCGAAGACUCCGCAGGGCUCACUACCCGGUGGAGUGUGGAGGGCGGAGAGGAGGCCGCGUGGGAGCAGCACCAGCAGGAGCCAGGCAGACAGCCGCGGGACCCGGACCGGGACCGGAACCGGGACCCGGACGAAAGCAGCCAUUCUCCAGAGCAGCCCGAGCAGGAGGCCCUCCUGGGCCGGAAGCCCUCGGCGGGCCCUGAAGUGGAUGAGGACGAGGGUUUUGGGGACUGGUCCCAGAAGCCAGAGCUGUGGCAGCCACGCUGGGCGGCCGAGGCCCCCCAGAACGAGAGCCCCGAGAGGGGGCUGGCAGAGGACAGGCCCAGGCAGCGUGGCUGUGACAGCGAGGCCAGCAGUGGGCCAUGCCGACCUGACGUCCCCCUGGAGGACCUGCACCUGAGCCCGGAGGCUGCUGGGGGGCCCCCGGGGGCGGCAGAGGACGAGCACCAGACAGGUGGACAGCACAGGACCCCCAGCCCUCCACUCUCAGUGGGGACCGCGGAGCCCAGCUCACCUCCCCUGAGCCCCUCCAUCAAACUGGCGGACCGGACAGAGUCCCUGAGCCGCUCCAUCGAGAAGAGCAACAGCGUGAGGAAGACCCAGCCGGCCCUGCCCAUCUCCACCAUUGAUGAGCGUCUGCAGCAGUACACCCAGGCCGCUGAGUCUGCUGGUUGGACCCCGAAGAUGACCCGCCAGACCUCCAUAGAGCUGCCCAGUAUGGCCGUGGCCAAUACCAAGAACCUGUGGGAGACUGGAGAGGUGCAGACUCAGUCUGCUGCGAAGACUCCCCCCUGUAAGGAUAUCGUGGCUGGAGAUAUGAGCAAGAAAAGCCUUUGGGAGCAGAGAGGAGGCUGUAAGGCCUCCUCCACGGUCAAGAGCACUCCGUCCGGGAAGAGGUACAAGUUUGUGGCCACCGGACAUGGAAAGUACGAGAAAGUGUCUGUGGAUGAGGGUCCGGCGCCCUAGGCUGCGGAGGCCACCUGUGUGGGUGCCAGCGGCAGCUCCCUCCACACCCAGGAGAGAC